GUAACGUCAGGGGGGCUUAUGUGCCUCGUAGAUCAUCUUCCCUUCCAAGCAAUGCCCGUUUUGUUUCUAUGAGGCGCCUUUUGCCCAUCUCAUUAGGGCCGGAUAUUGUCCCAAAUUUGGCACCUCCUUCCUUUCUCUUUCCAGAGGUGCCUGUCGCUCCUCCCCAAGGCUGUGGCCCUCCAGAUGUGUUGAGGCUCCCGUCAUUCCCAAAAUAGAAGGAUCCACUCACCAGUUAAGGAAGAGGAGGUGGUGGGAGGAGAGCCCUCUUGGUCUCCAGGAUCUGAAACUCGGGAGGAAUCCGGUAGCCCUUUCUCCGACUAACAAGCGUUCUUCAAAGACACCAGUGCCCGUGAGCCGCAGCAUGCUUUAUCAGAGGCGUGGAGUGGCGUUAGCUGUGGCUCACAAACGCUGGUGCCCUUGGAGCAUUUGUUAGUUGGAAAAAGGGCUACCAGAUUCCUCCUGAGAUGUGGCAAGAUGGGGUCGAAUUCUUCCAGGCGUUUUCAGGCUCCAGGAGGACAGUGCUGGGCCUGGCAUCAAACCGCUUAACCAGCUUCUCUUCUGCUCCAAGCCAUGCAGAGAUCAUGGCAGUUUGUUGAAGGGUUUGCCAGCCUUUUUGCUGACCACCCCCUUCACCCAAUAGCGGCCUGAUCCCCAGAGACCACCUUUGCCCCCUACCCUGGAAAGCUUUGGGUUCAGCUUCCCUGCAAGUGAAACCAACUCGGGGCAUCACUUUUGGGAACCUUUGGAAAGGGCUUUGCUGAAACAUCCUUUCCCAAACCUGGGCUCACCCAUCGGGGCUGCGCUUUCAUUCCCAUAAUCCCCAGCCAUUGAUUAUGCUGGCUGCAGAGAAUGGAAAUCAUAGUCUAAUGUCCCUGGAUGGAAAUCAGGACGAAGCAGGUAGAGAGAAGUUUCUGCCUGUUGGUGAUGCUGCAGAGAACACAGGGAAAGGACUCUGUUGUUCUUUUCCCCCUCCGGUGCCAGAUCUUGCAGCGCCUGAACCUCCUCAUUGGCUACUAGAACAUUUAACGGGCGCAAAUCCGGGCAGCGCCCCUGGAACUUUUUGCGUCAUCUCCCGCAGCUAAGGGAACCAUCCAGCAAAGCUCCUCGAGGGUAUUUUCUCAACAGCAGAAAAGCAAACGCGACAGGAAGCGCAGCGCCCCAGCCCGGAACGGGUUAAGCGUUUGGCGGCUGACCUGGAGUAACCCCCGCGGCCGCCGGCGGUGGGGAAAGGGUUAACGCCAGAUGCACGGCAGUAACCCGGGUGCCACACACUCUUGGCCCAGCCCUGAUUGGCCCAGCCCGAUCACCUCAUGCUAAAUCUGUGAUUCACAAUGCCACCCUCAUUCCAACGGGCUAGAGGGGAGGGGGAGGGGGAGGGCCCGGAGAGGAAGGGAAGAAAACAGGCAGACAAGCCCCGACCUGGUUCCCACACGGGCAUUCCCGGGUUUACAAGUGCCGCGUCUCCCAAGACCAAAGGCUGGCCUUGCACCUGCCACGAUGGAUGGCUUCCUCGAAGAUAUGCUCCAGUUGAUCACCACUGAAGACAAUGACUUCCCUGGUCUGUUGGACACAUCCUUUGGCUCUCAGGUUCCUCCUGAUCCGAACCCCCAUGGGCCCAGCCUCUUCAGUAACUACUUGGGGACAAAUGCCCCCUCUUCCACAAGCUUGUUCCAGCUUCCAGCCACAUCUCCACCCAGCUUCCCGAUACUCCCAACAGCUUGCCUGAACAUGCAGCCAACUCCGGUGGAUGUCAAAGAAGAACCCUUGGCCUCAACGCUGAGCCCAUCUCAAAGCCAGCUGCCGGCAGCCAGGAUGUCCUCUCCAAAUUUUAUUCCAGCUGCCCAGACACCUUUCUCUGCCCAGCCGUUGAUGGAUUUCCCGAGCCCAAAUGCUGUUUCUGCUCCCCAGCCAGGAGGGGCCCCCCAGCCGCCCCCGCUUGUCCCCACCAAGCCCCAACAGACGCAGCCAGCGCCAAAGCAAACGCAAUUCCAGAACAUUGCCCCCCAACAGAUUCUGGCUGCCAGCAGCCCCCAGGUGGUCCAGCAAGUGCCGGUCCUUUUGCAGCCCCACUUCAUCAAGGCUGACUCCCUUCUCCUGACCACAGUCUCUGGAGCCAAAACCGCCAGCACCAGCUCCAUGGUCUCCUCGACCCCCUUGCAGAUGCCGACCCUGGUGAGCGGGGGUACCAUCCUGGCCACAGUGCCUGUGAUGAUGGACACUGACAAGCUGCCCAUCAACCGCCUGACUGCAGGGAAGCCAGUGGUCAGCCAGAACAAGGGCGAGAAGCGCACUGCCCACAAUGCUAUUGAGAAACGCUAUCGUUCCUCCAUCAACGACAAGAUUGCUGAGCUCAAGGUCCUGGUGGUGGGAACAGAAGCCAAGUUGAACAAGUCGGCCAUCUUGCGCAAAGCCAUUGACUACAUCCGCUUCCUGAAGCAGACCAACCAGAAGCUGAAAGGGGAGAACAUGGCCCUUAAAAUGGCAGCACAGAAUAACAAGUCCCUGAAAGACUUGGUGGCCACUUGUGGUGGAAACAUGGAGGAUCCAGCAGAGGGAGGGAAGAUGAUGGACGUUCUGACGCCUCCACCCUCGGAUGCCGGUUCCCCUUUGCAUAGCAGUCCGAUCUCAUUCAGCGGCACCAGUGGAACUGACUCCGAGCCGGACAGCCCUUUGUGCGAGGAGGCCAAGGUGAAACCCGACUGCCAGGCACCUUCGGCGGGCAGCUUGGGCAUGCUGGACAGAUCCCGCAUGGCACUCUGCGCGUUCGUCUUCCUCUGCCUCUCUUUCAAUCCGCUUUCUUCCCUGCUUGGAGGAUCGGGCGUCCGAAGUACUUCAGAGGUUUCCACUCAUGGCCGUUCCGAACGCAACAUCCUGGCCGUGAACGAGGAGAGUGAGUGAAAGACACCACGUGGG